GCAGGCGCAACGCGGCCGCGGGUGGGCGGAACUGGUCGGGAUGAGUGGCGGAGGGACGGAGACCCCUGUGGGUUGUGAGACCGCCCAGGGCGGCGGCAGCAAGAAGAGGGACUCGCUGGGGACAGCGGGCUCAGCGCACCUCAUUAUCAAGGAUCUUGGAGAAAUUCAUUCAAGGCUUUUGGAUCACAGACCAGUUAUUCAAGGUGAAACUCGUUAUUUUGUAAAAGAAUUUGAAGAAAAACGUGGUCUUCGAGAAAUGAGAGUUCUUGAAAAUUUGAAGAAUAUGGUCCAUGAAACAAAUGAACAUACUCUUCCCAAAUGUAGAGAAACAAUGCAGAACAACUUAAGCCAAGUUCUCCAGAGAUUGCAAGCAGCUAAUGAUUCAGUCUGUAGACUACAGCAGAGGGAGCAGGAACGAAAAAAGAUUCAUAAUGACCAUUUAAUAGCUAGUGAGAAACAGCAUGUACUCCAGUGGGAGGAUUUUAUGAAGGAACAACCCAACAGAAGGGCUGAAGUGGAUGAAGAGCACAGAAAAGCCAUGGAGAGGCUUAAAGAACAGUACGCUGAGAUGGAGAAGGACCUAGCGAAAUUUUCAGCCUUUUAAGAACUUGAACCACAACAA